CAUUUUAUAUAUAUUUUGUAUGCAUUCACUGUUUUUGUUGUUUUUUAUGGUGCAUGUUGUAGCUCAUGGGGAGAUUUCCUUUUGGACACCAUUUCGGGGCUUGUGUUUGAUACUGCAAAGGAAGACGUGGAGUUCCGGGCUGGCAUACCCCGGCAGCUGCUCCUGCAGGAAGAAACUACAACUGUUGCAACAAGAAGAUUGAGUGGCUUUCUGAGGACGCUUGCAGACCGGCUAGAGGGCACCAAACAACUGCUUUCAUCAGAUAUGAAGAAGGAUUUUGUUAUACACAGACUCCCCCCAUACUAUGUGGGAGAUGGAGCAGAGCUAUCUACACCAGGUGGAAAGUUACCAAGGUUGGACAGCAUAGUGAGACUGCAGUUUAAAGAUCACAUCGUCCUCACGGUAGGGCUGGAUCAGGAUCGAACUGAUGAAAUGCAAGAAAAGAUGGUUUACAUCUAUCAUUCCUUAAAGAACAGGAGAGAGAGACAUAUGAUGGGAAACGAGGAGGAAACAGAGUCUCAUGGACUUCGCUUUCCUUUCUCACAUAUGGAUGCACUGCAGCAAAUUUGGAACAGUUCGGCUAUUUCUGUCAAGGACCUGAAACUUACUACAGACGAGGAAAAGGAAAGCUUGGUAUUAUCCCUCUGGACAGAAUGUUUAAUUCAAGUAAUCUAGUGCCUUUGCAGAAUCAAAUAUCUACUAUUUUGUGUGCACAUGUUAAGAGAAAAGUGAAGAUUUAAGUGUUCGGUAGCCCCUCUUGUUUUGAGUCAAUGUACUGGGUAGGAGGAAUAGCUACACACAUAAACCAAGGAAAAUUCAAAGUUCCUUACCUGUAUAUCCACUAACAUGAGACUCACCUGUUAUAGGGUCCAUAUAUACUAACAGGAAGAAAGAACGGCAUACCACUAAGUAUCCCAAAAAGUGACCACCCCAUACUUUUAACAAGUUUAUUUAAUUCAGUGUGGUAGGAAAGGCACAAACUCCAAUAAAUCAUUUAGAAUUAAAUGUUGUUAA